AUGCCUUCUCAAGUGGCUACUUGUUUGCGCCUUGCGCGGCAGUUCUCUGCUAAUCCAGCCAAGCACCAACGCUUCUUCGCGCGCUCCUUCUCCAGCACUAUCCACCGCGCCGCAAUCAACAAGGUUGUCGCCUCAGCCGAAGAAGCCGUCAAGGACAUGAAGUCGAAUUCCACCGUCCUCGCCGGUGGAUUCGGAUUAUGUGGUGUACCGGACUCACUCAUCAACGCCGUGCGCGCCAAUUCCUCAAUUACCGGUCUCACAGUUGCGAGUAACAACGCUGGUGUUGAUGGUUCAGGUCUUGGUCUCCUUUUGCAGUCUAAGCAGAUCAAGAAGAUGAUCUCUAGUUAUGUUGGCGAGAACAAGACUUUCGAGCGCAUGUACUUGACUGGCGAAAUUGAGCUUGAGCUUACACCACAGGGCACCCUUGCAGAGCGAUGUCGCUCCGGUGGUGCCGGUGUUCCUGCUUUCUACACGCCUGCAGCAUUCGGAACCGUCGUGCAGACUGGUGAUCUGCCGCUGAAGCACAAUGCCGACGGCACUGUCGCGCUAUACAGCCAGCCGCGUGACGUAAAAGUGUUUGAUGGAAAGAGCUAUGUCAUGGAGGAGGCUAUCAAGGGUGAUUACGCCUUGAUCAAGGCGUGGAAAGCGGAUAAGCUUGGUAACUGCCAAUUCCGAUUCGCCGCAGCCAACUUCAAUGGCGCAAUGGGUCGCAAUGCGAAGAUGACCAUCGUGGAGGCGGAGCACAUUGUCGAACCCGGUGAUAUUGACCCCGCUGCCAUUCACCUACCUGGUAUAUAUGUGAAGCGAGUCAUCCAGAGCACAACAGAGAAGAAGAUUGAGAAGUAUACUUUCGCUCAGGAGGAGGGCGCUGAUACCUCAGCACUGGGCAAGGGUGACACUGCUAACAAGCGCGAGCGCAUUGUCCGUCGUGCAGCCAAGGAAUUCAAGAAUGGCAUGUAUGCGAACUUGGGUAUUGGCAUGCCCAUGCUUGCGCCGAACUUUGUCGACCCUUCCGUUGAGGUGACUCUGCAGUCUGAGAACGGUAUUCUCGGACUGGGGCCCUACCCCAAGAAGGGCGAAGAGGAUCCCGAUCUGAUCAACGCCGGCAAGGAGACUGUCACACUCAACCCCGGUGCCUCAUGCUUCGGCAGUGAUGAGUCCUUCGGGAUGAUCCGCUCUGGUCGCAUUGACCUUACAAUUUUGGGUGCAAUGCAGGUUAGCGCAAAGGGUGACCUUGCUAAUUGGAUGCUGCCUGGCAAGAUCAAGGGCUUUGGUGGUGCGAUGGAUCUCGUGUCGAACCCAGCUGCUACUAAGGUCGUUGUGACAAUGGAGCACACCGACAAGAAGGGCAACCCUAAGAUUGUCAAGCAGUGCGAGUUCCCACUGACUGGACCUGCUUGUGUCAGCCGCAUUAUCACCGACCUUUGCGUCUUUGACGUUGACUUCACCGAUGGUUUGACUCUGGUUGAGAUCGCCGACGGCGUUACUGUUGAGGAAGUCACCUCUAAGACAGAGGCUCCUUUCAAGGUCUCUGAUGACCUGAAGCCUAUGCUGUAA